AUGGCCACCGUGGACCCCAGAGAUGACCUGAGAGUUUCAGCAGACAGGAUAAAGUGGUGGACGGAUCUGGACACGUGGAGUCCCACAGGGCAGCGGGAGGACGCAGAGCUGGUGGAGGUGCUGCUCCAAGGCAAAGCACCCUGGGGCUUCACCCUGAGGGGGGGUGUCGAGCACCGAGAGCCGCUGGUCAUCACAAAGGUGGAGGAGGGAAGCGUGGCGGCGGCAGUCUGUCUACAGGCCGGUGAUGAAAUGGUGAGCGUGAAUGCCGUUUGCCUCAGCGGCUCCCGUCAGGAGGCCAUCUCUCUGGUGAAGAGCUCUCAUAAGACCCUGACCCUGGUGGUCCGAAGGGCUAUAACGGUUGAUGUUGUAUCACCGCGCACAAUGCCGUCAGAAACCGAGGUGCAUGUGGCGAGGAGCUUUCUCACCAAGAUUUUGCGAAGUUCUAUGAGGAGAAACCGCUUCAGGCAAGGGAAGAAUGAUCCAGGCUCGCGGCCCCAUUCCUGGCACUCCUCCAAGCUGACAGAAGAGGAGUCAGAGCCCACCAAGAGAGAGACCACCCCAGCACCGGUCUGGCAGCCAAAACAUGAAGCAAGGCCCAAAGAGUCAUCCACUCAAGGGGACAGCAAGCAUCAGCUAACCAGCCAGUUGAGCUCAGUGAAAAACAUGGAGAAACUGGAACGUCCUUCUCAUCCCUACCCACCAAGUCGUCUUUCACCAAACAAAUACAUCAGCAGCACUGAGCCACUUUGUGGACCAGGAGGCAGAAAAGACUCCGGGUUGAGCUGUUUCUCCAGCGGCUCCAGCCCUCCUGUUCAUGACUCCAGCACAUCUGGAAGGAAGGGUACAAGCACUGAAAACAUUUUCUUCAAGGGCCUUCAGAGUGUUCAGAGUGAAGGGCCGCAGCAGGCCGAGCGGCCCAGGUACCUGCAGCCAACGCUGGGGAACGGAGGCUGGGAGGGGUCAAGGGCAGAAGAACAGCCUGCCUCUCGGGUGUCCAUUUCAGGGAGACCCAGCAUCGGCCCAGUGUGGCAGGUACCAGAGAAAAAGAAGUCCCAGUCUCCUCCUCCCCCACCUCCUCCCUUGCGCAGUGACAGUUUUGCUGCCACAAAGGUGUUCCCUUACUCUGAAGGGCCUAUUGGUCCAGCAAAGUGCAAAGGAAGGUCAUUUGAAAAACUGACAGAAAAUAACGAUCUGAAUGGCCUCAGAUCUCACCAGGAGAAAACCUCAGAGGCCAGACACAGCAUCAACCCCAUGACCACCAAAGACUUCCUCCAUCCCAACAUGGCAGCUGACCACAACCACAACCAGCUGCACCCCAACAAACUCUUCUCCCUGUCCAGCAAUGAUGUCAGACAGUCUCAUUACACCCAACUACCUGCCCACCAGAGGCAAUAUAGUGAUGAAAGCCCCCUCUACCUGCAGGCUAGGUCAGCUCCUCCCACAAAGAUACAGAGUGUGGGAAGCUACUAUCGCAGCCUUCAGGAUCUGCCCACAAACGCCUUCAGCCGCAAACAGAUCCGGCACUCCACAACGUCUGUGGCAAGUUCUGUCGCAAACCCAAACCUGGAUAAUGAGGGUAACAACAGAUACUAUGGCCUGGCAAGCAAGCAUUUGGUUCAGAAUACUGAGCUUCAGGCCAGGCAGGGCAAAGCAGAGGCACGGAGGGGGGAAACAGAGAAACUCCACUGGGUAAACAGCAAUGAACCAAGUUCUUUGAAGACCAACAUUAAGGCAAAGUACUUCCUACCUCCGUUCCAGAUGCCUCACAGUGAAAAUAAGGAACGCAAUGGCCAAUCCCAUCUGGGGAAUGGUCUACAUCAUGACCACCAAACCUCUGAACUUUCUGUUCGAAGCUGCAGCCCAGAGGAAACUGCAAAGAGAGGGGAAGGACACUCUAAUGACAUGAAAAGACACUUCCUAACACAUCAAAGUAAUGAUCAUAAGGUCAGUCUUGCAAGGCACCAAGACCCAUGGGUGCCUCAGGAAGAUCACAGGAUAUCCCCCCUGAAAACCCCACUUCUCCACUCCCUGGCCCAGGAGAGUAGGACCCUGGUUGAGAGGCAACCAGCAACUAUGACAAUGGGUGUCAUGUCGACCCAGGAGGCCAGUGACAUCAUGGCCGCCGGCAGUGGAAAAUCAAAUCGGCGUAGCGACCGUUAUGCUACCUCCCUCCGCAAUGAGAUCCAGCAGAAGAGAGCCCAGCUGCAAAAGAGCCGCAGUGCUGCAACCCUGACAUGCGAGGCAGAAGAUGAGGAAGCAGAGGAGUGGAGAUCUACAAAGACUUCUACGUCGUCUGGUGGCUCUUUCUCCAACACCUACAAGGACCACCUGAAAGAGGCACAGGCAAGGGUCCUCCAGGCCACCUCCUUUCAAAGACGAGACCUUGAGCCUCUUGGGCCAGAGGCGCCGGUAGUUAAAACCUCCAAUGGACGCAUUAGAGGUCGUAAGCGCUUCCCCCUGGCCAAGAGGACACACUCCUUCUCAGAGCCUGACAAGAUAGAUAAAGUGGGAGUGGAGGGAGAACCUCAGACAGGGUCUUUCGGAGAGCGGAGGAAGUUCUUUGAAGCCAAACCGGCAUUUUCCAGGCCUGUGCGGAAGUCCAGUCAGGGUAAAAAUUUUAAUGCAGACCUUGGUGAGACAGACAAACCCAAAGAGAGACCUCCAACUGGAGAUCCUGAGGAUGCUCACCCAUCCGCAGACCCCAACGACCUUAGCCAUGGACAUAAGCAGGUCUUACUAGAGCAGCAGAGGCUUGGGACCUUCGCUGAAUACCAGGCCACGUGGAACAAACAGAAGAAGUCAUCAGAGGCCAAGGCACAGGGGAGGUUUCACUCAGCGGAGAACAUCUUGGAUGCAGAUGCUGAGGAGAAGGCUGUGUGCAUCCACGAAAGAUCCCGAUCUUCUCCCUCUGCAGACUUUUAUACACAGAACAUUCCUUCCCCAUGGAGAGACCCUCACAGCCAGCAGAGCAGUUACACCACCAGGAGUAAAACUGAGAGCAGGCUGCGACACCAGCCCGACCACAGCCCACAGCCUGCCCCGUCAGUCCCCAGAAACGAGGCCCCGCUCCCGGGCCUCACCGACCACAGGACCAAACCAGACUCUGCCAAUCCCUCCCACACCACACACUCCUCGGGCCCUCGCAGCCUCAGCCCUAACCCUGGCUCCCAGCUUCCACAAACCAAGGGCCUCCUGCCGCCGCCCAGGCCCCAUUUAGGCCCAGAAACCACAUCCUCCUCCCAGGAAUUCCUCGCUGGCGCCCAGGCAAACCCGGCAGUGCUCCAGCCUCUGUCCAGCUGCAGCUCUGACACCCAGCACCACGCACAGAACUCCUCCGCCAGCCCGGCCCCCGCCCCGGCCAGCCCCCCUCAUCCCAGCAGGACGUCCGGAGCGGACACGAGCAGAGGAGGUGUAGAAAACGAGGAGAAGGAUCAACCGCAGCCACCUUCUUCUUCAUCCCUGUUCUCCUCCUGGACAGGCGCUUUGUCUCUUCCCACAGAUCGAGUGCGCUCUCCCUCGCCACAGUUUGCACCACUGAGACUGACAGACAGACCACCGGCAGUGUUCGUGCAGGAUGAUUCACCGCUCAGGUCAGAAAAUGAUGUCAAGCUCCCGGCAGUGAUGGAUGUGAACAGUCCGGCGAGGAAGGUCCCCGUGCGGAUCGUCCACGCCGAGAGCAGCACGGAGCGCGAGGGCAGGGCCUACCUGCCUCAGAGUGGAGACACCUGCAGUGUCCUGGAACCGCCGCCCCGCAUCCCCUCCCUGAGCGCCACGGAGCGCCCAGCCUCGUCCCUGUUCAGCGCUUACACCCGCCAGGCUGAUCAGGACCAGGAGUCGGUCCCUGAGUCAAACUCGACGGGUGCUCGGUGCUCAGAGGAGGACGCCAAGAGAGAGGAGCUGGCCAGGGACAUCAUGGGUAAAGACAAGUCUCUGGUGGACAUCUUGGACCAGAGUGGCAGGAUGACCACGAUGGACCUAAUGGAGGGACUCUUCCCCACAGAGGAGCAGAUCCUGGAGGGGACCCUCCAGCGCAGGAGGGCCUCCUCCGGCUCCAGGCUGCCCACCUUAUCCCCCAGGAGCAUGGACAGGAGGGAGGAGGAGGACGUGUCCGUAUCAGCAGCAGCCUCCCUGGUCCCCAGCUCCUCCUACUACAACACAUCAGCUCCCAAGGCGGAGCUCCUCAUCAAGAUGAAGGACAUGCAGGAGCAGCUGGAGGAGCAGGACUCCGAGGACGAGCUGGACGUCGACCUCGCCAGUAAAAAGCAAGAGCUGAUCUCCAGCCUGGCAGGGAAGCUGGAGGUGCUGCGGGAGGCCCGGCACAGCCUGCAGGAGGACGUGGAGGACAACGAGGCUCUGGGCCACGAGGUGGAGGCCACCGUGCAGCGCCUCUGUCAACCCAACCAACUCGACAAGUUCCGGAUGUUUGUGGGCGACCUGGACAAGGUGGUGAGCUUGCUGCUGUCGCUGUCGGGGCGGCUCGCCCGGGUGGAGAACGCUCUCAAUAGCCUGGAGGAAGAAGCCCCGCCAGAGGAGAAGAGAACACUGACGGAGAAGCGCAAGCUGCUGAUGCGGCAGCACGAGGAUGCCAAGGAGCUGAAGGAGAACCUGGACCGUCGGGAGCGGCUGGUUACUGGCAUCAUGGAGGCCCACCUGGACGCAGAGAGCCUGGAUGACUACCGGCACUUUGUGAAGAUGAAGUCGGCCCUCAUCAUCGAGCAGCGGAAACUAGAGGACAAGAUCAAGCUGGGCGAGGAGCAGCUAAAGUGCCUGAUGGACAGUCUGCCGCUGGAGCAGAGACCGCUGUUCUGACGCUCUGCACUGCAAGACGAAUCUGGUUUUGCAGGAGAAAUACUGGAUCAGGAAGUUGGGGGACAAUGUCUACGUUUGAGGGUGCUACGUCUCAGUUCAGGGUCGAGACCAUUUCAAGCCUCUAUUUCAUGCCAGUUGUAUUGUUAUUGUUUCUCAAAAUGAACAUUUCCCAUCUGGUCCUUUUCACCAAAUAUUUCUGUGAACUAAGGAGCCUUAGAAACUAAAUAAGGAACUGAGAUUAGUCAAUUAGACGGAUAAUUUAACAAUAAUCUUUCGUUUUGUUCCGAUACAGCCGAAAACACGGUAUUAUGGAGUAUGUGUGUCGGUGCACCGGUCCGAUGCCACUUCACUCAGUGCUCUAGUACUCAGACUUGGCCAUUGGUGUCGCCAAAUAUUCUAGUUGGUCUUAACUGAGAUUUCCCUAACACCAUUGAUGAAGCACGCUUCAGAAAACAAACAUGCAUCCCAGUUUUUUUUUGUUGGAAAAGCUGACGUAGAAUCAGGACCACAACAAUAGACCACAACAAUAUAUAUACAUAUAUUACACGUGUAUUGGAUCGGUAUUAGCCGAUACGCAUUUUUCCAUCUGUUAGUAUCCCAAAGUCAAGGUAUUUCAUUUACUUAAGUUUCCAACUCAACUUAGUGGGAAUUUUAAAGUUAUAACACAUAAACAUCUAUGUGUGAAGACAUCAAACACAAACGAUGCUAAUGGUGGCCAGCAUUUUGUUUCUAGAAAUACUGGUCACGAUUAACACGCGUGACUUUAGGUUGAGUGUUUCUGCAGAAAUGUCUGAAAAGUGUCGAUACUGAAACGCUGAUUUUAGAUAUUAAUUGAGCCCUGUAUGAAUUUGCACUUCAGCGUCCCCUUGAGGCGAAGAUGGGAAAGUGAAGCAAACACACGAACAUUUGGUUGUCUGUUCAUCUUACAGUGUUUCCAGUGUCCCGUUGUUAUUUGUGUUUCUGAAUUGUUGUAUUUAAGCUGCAUCAUGAGCUCGCUCUCCCUUUGUAUUUAAUCCUCAUUAAGAGUUUUUAAGUAAUAUUUCCUAGUAAUUUAUGGUAGCCUUUUUGAGAACUUCUCUGGACAAUGGGGGAAAUGUUUCCUCAGUAAUUUAUUUUGACUCAUGACGUACUUUUUGUUUUCUAAUGAAAUGAAAUGAAGAGUUUGAUUACAAAAUGCUAUAAAUCUGUUUUAGGGUUACAAUCCAGUUUUUUAAAAAGUGUUAAGUUAUCUUUCCUGCUUUUACAACACACCAUCGCUUCCUCUGUGUCCUGUAUUAUUCCAUAAGGGUAGAUGUCACUUUUACAUCUCAUUUUGGAGUGAAACUCUUUAAUUAAUGCUAGAAUAAGAGGUGAAUCUGAUCAUUUCAUUCUCAUUAAGACAAUGCUGACUUGUUCCAGCAGUACAGAUGUUGUUCCUACUUGUUUUCUAUACGAUAAGACACUAUUAAUAUUCCUUGGAUUGUUUUGUUUCCUGUAACCUUACAGGUUUUCAUUCACACUCCUGAUUCAUGUACCUUUUCUACGUUCUCACAGUAAAAUGACUGAGGCACAGUUCGGGUUUCUGAAGAGGUUAAUCUAAAAGUUAGCACUUUAAUCUUUGGUUUGGCGCAUUCAGGGGAAUCUCUACAUAAUAUAUUUAUUUGAAGACGUGCCUACUGUAGCCUCCCACCACUGUGAACCUCAUGGACUGACAUGGGCGUGCCCCUGGGUACUGUGUUCAGCCCAUGCACACUUUAUGUAUGCAGUGCACCCUUUCACCAACUU